AUGGGCGAGAAGCCGUCGGGUGAGGUGGACGCGACGCUGCAAACAGCCCAAUCCCAAGACGUGACCAGUGAUCCAAAGCGUCCUUCCGAAGGGUUAUCAACGAAAAAACAAUCACUCUCGGAUAUCUUCACUAUAUUCGCCGCAGGUGCUGCCCUCGUAUCAGAUGGCUACUUUAAUAACAUCAUGACUAUGGUCAAUGUCUUGCUCAAGAAGGAAUACCCAAAACAAUACACCUCUACUGUCAGCACUCGUGUAUCGAACUCACUGCUCGUGGGCGAGAUAUUUGGUCAGGUGACCGUAGGCUUGGCCUGCGAUUAUCUUGGACGCAAGUUUGCAAUCAUCAUGACGACCGUGAUGAUUGUAAUUGGAGGUAUUCUAGCUACUGCUGCCCAUGGAGUUACUCCCGAUGGCAUGUUCUGGAUGAUGACGGUUGCUCGAGGAAUGGUUGGAUUCGGAGUAGGAGGCGAAUACCCAGCUUCUUCUGCCUCAGCAUCAGAAGCUGCAAAUGAACAUGCGCUCAGGUCACGAGGCCCGAUCUUUAUCCUGGUCACAAAUCUUCCCCUGUCCUUCGGCACACCCUUAGCUGUUUCCAUAUUCCUCAUCGUCUUCUCUGCCUGCAAGCAGGCUCAUUAUAGUACUGUUUGGCGUGUCUGUUUUGGUAUCGGCUGCCUUCUGCCCCUCUCUGUCUUUUACUUCCGUAUUAGGAUGGUUUCUAGUGUGCUCUAUCGCCGAGGUGCUAUCAAACGUAGCGUUCCUUACCGCCUAGUGUUACGCUACUACUGGCGCUCUUUGGUUGGAACUUGUGGAGCAUGGUUCCUUUAUGAUUUUGUGACAUUUCCUAACGGAGUUUUUUCCGGCACGAUUAUCUCCUCUGUCGUACCAUCUACUUCCAAAGACGUCGUCCUGAAGACUGCCGAAUGGACCUUGCUACUUGGCACCAUCGCUCUCCCAGGUGUUAUUGUUGGCGCCUUGCUCUGCGAUCGACUAGGCCGGAAGAACACCAUGAUGCUGGGCUUUUCCGGAUACUUGAUUUUCGGUCUCAUAAUUGGAUGUUCCUAUGACAAAAUCACCAAAAUAGUUCCACUCUUCGUCGUCUUUUACGGGCUCAUGCAAAGCUCUGGAAAUCUAGGACCGGGCGACAUGCUCGGACUUAUCUCCUCAGAAACCUAUGCAACCUCCGUCCGAGGCACGUGCUAUGGAUUCUCUGCCGCAGUUGGGAAGGCAGGGGCUGCAAUCGGAACUCAGGCGUUCACACCGAUCCAGAACAAUCUGGGAAAGAGAUGGACCUUCAUUAUCGCAGCUAUCUGUGGGGUUGUCGGCAUUGCUGUAACUUACUUAUUUGUAGAAGACCUGACUGGAGAAGAUCUAGCGGAAAGGGACAAGAGGUUUAGGGCUUUUCUUGUGGAGAAUGGGUGGGAUGGAGAGAUGGGUGAGGAUGAUCUGAAAGCUUUAGCUAAUGACGGACAGGUUCCGGGAGAGGGUAUCGUGGUUGAUGAGCCUAUGAUGGGUAAGAUGUCGUGA